UUGCGGAAGUCAUUGAGUAAGCUUCUCGAGCUCUGGCGUGUAGUAAGCUGAAACAAGAUAGGAAAGAAAUUUUAAGGCAAAUUAUAUAUUUGAAUAUUGCCUGUGGGCAUCAGUCGCGUGACCUACAAAUUAAUAAUAGAUUAUUUGGGCUUUGUUGCUCCUCACACUGAAAACUGAUGGUAAGGGUAGUCGAAGGUCUCAGUCAUGUCGGAGUCCAAACAUCUGCCGAUAUAUCAGCAUAAAGCCAAGCUGAUUCAGGCCGUGAAAGAAAGCGACUUUCUGGUUGUCACCGGUGAGACUGGCAGUGGAAAAACCACACAACUUCCACAGUAUCUGCAUCAAGCAGGUAUUUGUAAAUAUGGCAAAAUUGGGAUUACUCAGCCUCGCCGAGUGGCAGCUAUCACAGUGGCCCAGAGAGUAGCCCAGGAGAUGCAGUGCACUCUGGGCAGAGAGGUCGGUUACCAAGUACGCUUCGAUGACUGCACAACACAGGACACGGUGGUGAAGUACAUGACGGAUGGCUGUUUGCUAAGAGAGGUCCUGGCAGAUCCUUCACUUUCUCAGUACAGUGUUAUUGUCUUAGAUGAAGUCCACGAGCGCAGUCUCAGUACGGAUAUUCUCCUUGGCUUACUGAAAAAAAUCUUCUCUGAUCCUGCUGAGGCUUCUCGUGGGAGGUCUUUUCCUCUGAAGGUGGUAGUAAUGUCCGCCACGAUGGAAACUGAUAAACUUUCAGCCUUUCUUGACGACUGCCCGGUUUUUACCAUUCCUGGGAGGACUUUUCCUGUCACCUGCACAUUUGGCUUUGCUGUAGGACCAAAAGACAUAGAGAGCACUAAUUAUGUCAAAGAGGUUGUCAGAGUGGCCCUUGAUUUGCACUCAAAUGAAAUGGCUGGAGAUAUCCUAGUGUUUUUAACAGGUCAGUCAGAGAUUGAGAAAGCUUGUGACUUGUUGUAUGAGAAAGCUGAAAAUAUAGACUAUCGCUAUGAUGUAAUGGACCCAACAGUAGAGGGACUCCUUAUUUUGCCCCUUUAUGGAUCCAUGCCCACUGAUCAACAGAGGCAGAUCUUCCAGCCUCCUCCUCAAAGGAUAAGGAAAUGUGUCGUAGCGACUAACAUUGCAGCAACAUCUCUCACUAUCAACGGCAUUAAGUACAUCGUGGACAGCGGGUUUGUGAAGCAACUUAACCACAACUCCAGGGUGGGCAUGGAUAUCCUAGAGGUGGUGCCUAUUUCAAAGAGUGAGGCUCAGCAGAGAGCAGGCCGAGCUGGAAGAACCUCAGCUGGUAAAUGCUUUCGGAUCUACACCAAGGAAUUCUGGGAGAAGAAGAUGCCAGAGUUUACAGUUCCAGAAAUCCAGAGGACAAGUUUGACUGCAGUGGUACUCACACUCAAGUGUCUGGGCAUUCAUGAUGUCAUUAGGUUCCCUUAUCUUGACUGUCCAGAGGAAAGGUUUAUUCUGGAGGCGUUAAAACAGCUCUACCAAUAUGAUGCUAUUGACAGGAGAGGUAGAGUGACCCAGCUGGGGAAACUGAUGGUGGAGUUCCCUCUGCAACCGGGCCUUGCGAGGGCCUUGCUCAAAGCAGCAUCACUCGGCUGUCAGGACCUGCUUCUCCCUGUGGCAGCCAUGCUGUCUGUAGAGAACAUUUUCAUCAGGCCAGGUCACCCUGACAAGCAGAAAGAGGCAGAAAAGCACAGAGCGCUGGCUGCUAAGACUGGCAGCAUGAACGACUUUGCCACUCUCCUCACUGUGUUUCAGGCAUGCAAAUCCAGUGACAGACCCUCAGCGUGGUGUAAAGACAAUUGGAUCCACUGGAGGGCGCUGAAGUCGGCUCUUAAUGUAGAGACUCAACUGCGAGAAAUCCUCCUCCACCUCCAGCAGAAGAGAGAUCUCCCUGAAGAAACAUAUCAUGGAAAGAAGAGUGAGCUCUUCAGACGAUGCCUAUGCACAGGAUACUUCACAAAUGUUGCCAGAAGGUCUAUUGGAAAGGUUUUCUGCACAAUGGACGGCCAUGGAUCCAUGGUCCACAUUCAUCCAUCAUCAUCUCUGUUUGAUGAAGAAGCUGAGCUCAACUGGGUUCUCUUUCACGAUGUGCUGGUGACCUCUCGAGUUUACAUCAGGACAGUGUGUCCCAUUCAAUAUGAGUGGGUGAAGGACUUGCUACCUAAACUCCAUGAGGUGGAUGUCUAUGAACUGAGCAGUGUGGCAAGAGAAGAAGUGACUGAUGAGGAGAUGAAAAAAUGGGAGACCAAGGAAGCAGCCAAAAGGCCAUCAGAAGCUUCUAUUGAGGAUGUCAUGAAGAAGCUGGAGAAGAGAAACGACGAAGCCACUGUCAACGAUGCUCGUGCUCGCUACCUGCAAAGAAAGCAACAAAGACAGCAAAGUAAAGCUCUGUGAUGGAAAGUUAUGCAGACAGUGAAUUCAAUGUGAAUUUCUUUUUUGGGAAUGAUAUGAGUAACAAAUAAACUUUUUUUACUAUUACA